AUGUUCAGGCGGCUUUCAAACAUCUUUGGUGCGGACUCCAAGCCCAUUCCCCAGACAUCACAGGAACCAUCACAGACGACUAGUCAAGCCCCAGAAUGGGUAGUGCAAAACCGGUCUAUCGAUGAAGCUCGUCCGCUGAGGGUAGUUGUAAUUGGAGCUGGUAUCUCGGGGAUUAUCGCAUGCAUUAGGUUCACCCAAAGGAUCCCAAACCUGGAGCUCUGCGUAUAUGAGAAGAAUGCAGACAUUGGAGGGACAUGGUUCGAGAAUCGAUAUCCGGGAUGUGCCUGUGAUAUUCCAGCACAUACCUACCAAGCAACCUUCGAACCAAAUAAGGAAUGGUCUACCUUUUAUGCCAGAGCUCCCGAAAUCCAUCAAUACUGGAAGCGAGUUGUUGACAAGUAUGGGUGCAUGAGAUACAUCAAGUUGAAGCAGCAAAUCUCCGAGGCUGAAUGGGAUGAGCAGAAUUCAAAAUGGAAGCUGCAGAUUCAAGAUCUCGAUAGCUCAGCCAUAUAUCAAGACCACUGCGAUAUUUUGAUCCAGGCAACAGGUGCAUUGAAUGCCUGGAAGUGGCCUAGUAUCCCUGGUCUUCAUGACUUCAAGGGCAAAUUGAUGCACAGUGCCACUUGGGACGAGAACUAUGAUUACAAGGGUAAACGUGUCGCAGUUGUCGGUAAUGGAUCCAGUGGUAUCCAGAUUGUUCCUGCAUUGUUGCCUGAUGUACCUCACAUUGACCAUUAUGUGCGGAGUCGAACAUGGCUAGCGCCAACAUUUGCACGAGAAGAGAUUGACAAGCGAGGCGAGGCCCUGGAGAAUUUUUCCUUCACCCCCGAAGAGAUUGCAACAUUCAAGAAGGAUCAUCAAGUGUACCAGACCUUCCGUAAAGCCGUUGAGCUAGAACUGCAAUCCAUUCAUGGAGCCACACUCACCGGCAAUCCGAUGCAGCUCGGCGCGCACGAGAUGUUCGUGCAGAACAUGAAGCAGCGUUUGGGCAAUAAGCCCGAGCUCGCUGACGAGCUCAUCCCUGAUUUCCCGCCAGCAUGUCGGCGUCUCACCCCAGGACCAGGAUAUUUGGAAGCACUGACAGAUGAUAAGGUCGAAAUUGUCACCUCAGAUAUUACGAAAGUAGACGAGACUGGGAUAAUCACAGCGGAUGGACAACAUCGACCAAUUGAUAUGCUUGUCUGUGCAACAGGAUUCGAUACCUCCUGCACUCCUCGAUUCACAAUCAAAGGUCGCGGAGGUAUUACUCUGUCGCAGCGGUGGAAGGAAACACCGGAGAACUACCUGUCGGUCGCGACCGAUGGUUUCCCGAAUUAUUUCAUUUCUCUUGGCCCUAAUGCAGGCUUGGGAGAAGGAAACCUCCUAGUCCUGAUUGAGAAAUCGGUGGACUACUUCACCGAAUGCGUUCUCAAGAUGCAGAGAGACAAUAUUCGAGCCAUGAGUGUUCGCCCAGAGGCAGUCCAGCGGUUCACCAAGUACUGUGAUCAGUAUUUUUCGGGCACUGUUUUCAGUAGCAAGUGCCGCAGCUGGUAUAAAGGCGGCACUGAGGAUGGUCGGAUCACUGCUCUCUGGCCAGGCUCAUCGCUGCAUUCAAUCAAAACGUUCAAAAAUCCUCGAUGGGAAGAUUUUGAAUAUGAGUACGUCGACGACAAUGCUUCUGGAUGGCUUGGAGAUGGCUGGACUGAGAACGAGAAGAAUGAGGUAAUAAAUGUAGAUUACCUGGACGAUGAACAGAUCGACUUUCCCCUUCCGGCGGGGGUCUGCUCCUAG